CUUACCUCUUCUACUAGUAGUGAGCUUUAUGGACAUGCCUAAACGCUCAGAUCGGUUGAUACGAAGCGGUUCCAUCGCCAGGAUACUUUGCUGUAUCGUGUUUUCUUGUCUAGUCGUGGAAUGUCUUCUACGCUACCAGCAGAUCGAGGGAGCACACGUGUGGACAAUACCCCAAUCGCUGUAUCGUUACUUUCGUUUAAACGAGCCAUGCUAUCCUCAAAAUCAGGAUCAGAGGAUCAGAGAUCUUCGUCAAUUGCUGUUUCACUUCGUCGAUGUCGCCGAAACGGUAAACAUGCGGUACUGGAUUGACUUUGGUUCACUGCUGGGAGCUGUCCGUAAUGGCAAAAUCAUACCUUGGGAUUGGGAUGUUGACAUUGGCGUCCUCAAGUCGGAAAUGGAAGCGCCUCAAGUUCGGUCACUGCUUGAAAAGAGAGGAGUUCAAGUUGUCAGGCGAACAGGUUGCAAAUUUUUCAUUCGAUUUGCUGAUAGUGAAGCGUUUCUAGACGCGUGCAUGCACUGGAUUAGAGGAGGCCAAGUAUUGAGAUGUGAGCUGACUGAUGUUUUCAGAUACCAGUUUCCUGUCAAAUGGAUUAGUCCCACUGUUCCUAUAAUGUUUGAAGGACGACAGGUACAGGCUCCGAAUCCGCCCAUGGAAAUUCUGAAGCAAGCUCGAUACCCUUACACUUAUUGGUGGACAAUGCCACAAAACUUCUACUGCUACUUCACUGAGUUCAGACUAUUCCUCAAAUUGCUGGCUUUAAUUGGCAUUGUAGUGCUACCUUCACUGUAUAUAGUCACAUGCUGUUGCAAGAGACUAUUUAUUUAACUAACAAGAAUAUAGAAAGGAGGAGCAUAUCCUGUAACGAUUUAUUUGAUUAAUUCUGCAACAUGAUUUCUGUGUAUUUGUUACAAGAAACAAUCAACUCACACGUGCAUGAAGUGGGAAAGUAAAA